AGCUCCCAGGUGCAUGAAGCAGGGACAUCCAAGAGGAUGAUGGCAGCUCACUUCUUGCUGCAGUUCCUCCUCUUCGGGACUCUACUCGUCCCUGUGUACCUGCAGAUGGAAGGAUGUGAUUUUCUCCAGGAUGCAGUCAAGGGCAAUUUCUCAGUGACUGUGACACCUGAGGAGUAUGUGGCCAACACAACCUACCAGGUUACAAUAAGAGAUGACGGAAACAGCACCACCAUCAGAAAUGUGACCAUGUAUUUACUUCAAGCCUUGUCCUCUGAAAAUACCACUGCAGGAGAAUGGAAUGUAGUAGAAAAACUAAACUGCAGUAAUGUUGCGACAGCAAUGCUAAAUACCACUCAGGAAGAAGCAGCAGCAAACUGGACAUCUCCAAGCAGUAACAUAUCUUCCGUGGAAAUAAGGGCAUAUAUCAUCUAUGAAAACAAUAUCACUGAGUUCAAGACGGCGAUUCUGCAGGAAGUUCCACGAACAGAUCCAACCACAGCCUCGACAACCCCUGACUCCGUCUCCGCAGUCCAGAGCAGCUGCUUCUUCAUCGCCGUCACUCAGCUGCUGAUGCUCCUCACUACAAGCAAACUGCUCUCCUAGGAGAUGGGGAGAGGAGAUGACCCAGCUGUGGUGCUCCUCUCCUCACCCACGGCACAGGUGGGAGGGCAGGCAGCUGAUCUACUCAGGAAAAUCACUCACUUCUUAUGCGUAUCAAGAUGAUAACUGCACUUCUACAUUAGAUUAUAAGGGUCUAUGGCCACAGAGCUGAUCUCCCCUUACUCCCCUCAACCAGGGCCAGCACACACAGCAAGAUUAGCAAGUCAGAGAUCACUCUGGUCAGAACAGCUGGAGAAGGUGAUUUAGGAGCAGACCCCUUCUAACCAGGGGCACCGGAUGGGUUAAUCCUUUCCUCAACACCUGGGGUCCUGUGAAGCACAAAAAGAAAAGCAUGAAAAUGUUCAAGAGAGGGGAAAGGCCCCUCCCCAUCCCAGUACUGGUGUGUGCUGAGGAGCUGAAGGAGAGGUCUGUGAGCCACAGCCAGGGCAGAGCUAUACUGUGUCCUGCAAAGCUCCCUUGGUUUGGUUCUGGCUCUCUGGAAUGGUGGAGUGGGUGGGUUUUUUUCCUCCUUUUUUUGUUUGUUUGGGUUUUUUUUUGUUUUUAAUCAGCAGCAGUUCCUGCUGUGGGAUGAGAUUGGAUGGGCCCCUGAAUGUCUUGAUUUUAUUAUUAUUGUUUGUAUUUUUAUACGGAUGGAGUUUAUGAAGGAAAUUUCAAACUUCUGGAAAGUAAUUACUAUUAUUAUUAUUUUUUUUUUCUGAAGCGAAUCUAAAUAAACCAAAGAAUGAAA